AUGACGACGAUGAUGACGAUAAUAAAGGUCAUGACAAAUCUUAACGGUAUCGACAAUGAUGACGAUGAUGACACUGAUGACAAUAAUGACGAAGAUGAGUAUUAUGAAGGUCAUGACGAUAAUGACGAUGAUGACGAUGAUGACGUUGAUGACUAUGAUGACAAUGUAGAUCAUAACGGUAUAGACGAUAAUGACGAUGAUGACACUAAUGACAUUAAUGACAAUGAUGACGAUUCUGAAGGUCAUAACAAUAAUGACGAUAAUGACGAUGAUGACGUUGAUGACUAUGAUGACAAUGUAGAUCAUAACGGUAUCGACGAUGAUGACGAUGAUGACAUCGAUGACAAUGGUGACGAAGAUGACGAUUAUGAAGCUUGGAUGACGCAAAAGUUCGAGAUCACUGUCAUCUUACUGGAAAUUAAGUGUAUCAAGGCUCUGCUUAUAGCAAAUGCAAUUUCAGUUAUUUAG